GAUAUUUGGCACACCAUCUAAUGAUGACUGCAGACCUAGAAACCAGGGCCGAGCUUAGCAAAGAAACAAUCAUUGAGUUACAAGCACGAGCUUCCCCCCAAGAAAAAACUGUUUGGAAAAGCAGGGGAGCUAUGCAAAGUGAGGGGUUGUGGCGGGGCCCGGAUGGUAGACCUAUUCUGCCACCAGGGGUACGGGAGACGGCCCUAGAAGAAGCUCAUGGGGUGGGACAUGUAGGGGUCAUUCAGAUGUUGAGAAACCUACAACAUUGGUGGCAUCCAUUCAUGAAACCAAUGGUAGAGCAGGUAACCAAGACCUGUCCCCAAUGCCAAGCAUUCAACCCUAAGCCUACAGUGAAACCAGACGGGGGACAGUACCCCCUUGAGACAGUGGCAGGGAAAGAGAUUGGGAUUGACUACACUGACAUGACGGACAGGGUACAGGGUUGCAGGUAUUUGCUGGUGUGUGUGGAUUCCUACACUGGAUGGCCAGAGGCCAUGCCCGCAAAAAAUGAAGACGCUCAGACCGUAAUUAAAUUUCUAAUCAACCAAUAUAUUCCCCAGCAUGGGUUCCCUGAAAGGAUAAAGUCAGAUAAUGGUUCCCAUUUCAAAAACAAAGAUUUGCAAAAGGUGGAACUCAUGUUGGGGCUAAAGCAUAAAUUUGGCUCCGUAUACCACCCUGAAUCUCAAGGCAAGGUAGAAAGGAUGAACCUGACCUUAAAAAACAAAAUGUCUAAAAUAUGCAACCAAACAGGGAUGAAUUGGCUGCAAGCCCUCCCCCUGGCUCUCAUGACGAUAAGAAUGUCAGUAAACAGUAGGACAGGCCUCUCACCAUAUGAGCUACAAACAGGGAGGUGUUUCCCGGGGCCCUGGUCUCAGCUUCCACUUACUGAGCCUUCACCUGUAACCAUUUCUCACAAAGCUUUUUUCCGCCAGCUACAGGGCACAGUCUCCUUGUUUUCUAAACAGGUGACCGCCCGCACCCCAGAACGAAGCAACCAAACUCCUCCAGACGCUCAGUGGGUGCUCCUGAAAGCAAUCAAGAGGAAGUGGUCUGAACCUCGCUGGCAGGGGCCCUUCAGAGUGACGGCGAGAACAUCCCACGCAGUACAGCUCGAGGGAAAAGGUAAACAGUGGUACCACUGGAGCCAGUGUGCUGCUGCCCAGGAGCCAGGCCGCUCCACCAAGGAAGUAGCCAGAGAUCUGGCUGCCAGCGCGGAGGGCUCUCCGCCAGACACUAGGGAAAAAGAGGCAGAAUAAUCCUCUCCAGUGUCCAACGAGGUCCAGGGUAGUCCACCCCUGUGACCUGAAGAGGAGAAUCACCAGGGAGAAAGGUGAAAUAAGCGCUUUCUCUCCUACAUGUAGCGUGCCAAGCUACCAUCCACCGUUGAACCCAACUUAUUGGGCGUGUUUUCUUUAACACACGCCCCUCCGACCACCGCCGUUUUCAUUAACCAUUUUUCAUUGUGUGCAAAUUGCAGGAGUUGUCUGGUUUGAGUCUGAGCUGAGGGUUAAAACCAACUUAUAAAGCGGUGCUGUUAUAAGUAACUUGUAUGGGAAGAGACUUGCCAGGGAAGGAAUAAGCUUGCUAGAUGUGUUGUAAAGGUGAUCUUAGGGGUACAUAGCGUCCCCAUUGUUACUUUCAUUUUCUGGUAUGAUUUUGAACUCCCCGGCAAAACUGCCCCACCUAGGUGUUACCCUAGAAGAACUUAAGUGCCUUGUAAUUGUAAAUAAUAUGUUGUGGACUCACUUAGGUGAGUCCAAAAGGGGGUGUGGGAACUUUUUAUUUCAUAAAAAGUUAACAGAAGUAUGCUCUUAAUAUUAGAAGUGUUUUUCCAUUUUCUACAUUUUUUACCAUCUUUUACAUUUUCUACUGAAGUGUUUUACAAUUUAUCUAGAAGUGAUUUUUACCUAGAAGUGCCUUUACCUAGACGUGCCAUGUUCUGACUCUAUUUUUGUUUUUUGGAAUAUCUCAUUCUCUGACCUCUUUUCUCUUUUGGUAUGUUGAACUCUAGUAGAGUUCAAAAGGGGGAAUUGUGGGAUAUAGAUACACACGCUUUGCUGACCAAAUGACUUAUGUUCCUAUAAUACACUGCCUAAUCAUUGCAGCAAGCUGCCUAGACUUAACGAGCUAAAAGUAUGCUGCACGAGAACAGAACCAAGGCUGCACACAGGUGGCCUGCAUCAUGCAAAGGAGGACAUGUUCCUCUGUGGAAUGCAGUAAGCAAGGACGGAGGACACCAAGACCUGGCACAGUCACAAUCCAUCAAAAGCAACAGCCCACUUUGUAGAGACAGAUGUUCGUGUGUGAUAUGUAACUGCCCUUGUUAAACUUCAAUAAAAGACAGGCAAAAGAGGAAGAGAGUCAGAGCUCACUGGUGAGAAGCAGACUGCGGAGUCUGCUUACGGAGUGAUGCUCUCCUUCUAUAGAAGCCUAUUGUAUUAAUACA